AUGUCCGGCACCGGGUGCCUCCCCGCUGACGGCGCGGCGGCCCUAUCCAGGGUCUGCCGCGACGGCGCGGCGGCCGCGCGGCUCAAGAAGGGGUCCCUGCUGGCCAUCCUCGUCGCCAGCGCCGUCGGCAUCUGCCUCCCCGUCGCGCUCACGCGCGCCUUCCGCGGCAGCCCCAACUACGCGCGGGGCCUGCUCCUCGUCAAGUGCUACGCGGCGGGGGUCAUCCUCUCCACCUCGCUCGUCCACGUGCUCCCCGACGCGCACGCCGCGCUCGCCGACUGCGCCGUCGCCUCGCGCAGGCCGUGGAGGGACUUCCCCUUCGCGGGCCUCUUCACCCUCGUCGGCGCGCUGCUCGCGCUCCUCGUCGACCUCUCCGCCUCCUCCCACCUCGAGGCCCACGCCCACGUCGGCGGUGACUCCGACGCCCAUGGCCACGGCCACCAGGAAACGCCCUACGCCCCAAUCCCCAAGAAGGUUCCUGUGUUCGAGCUCGCCGGCGAGAUGAGCCCCAAGAAGCGCGCUUUCUUGGAUGACGACCGAGAGGAGGACCCCGCGCCGCACGCCGCCACCAACGGCGCCGACCCGGACCGCGACGACGUGGCGCUCUUCGGGCCCAAAAAGGGCGCGCGCAGCGACGAGGUCCCCGUCGUCGCUGCCGGCUGCCAUGGCGUCGCCCAUGAAGUGGUGGAGGUAGGGGAGGGGCCCGGGGAGGACGAGGAGGAGGCCAGGAGGAAGCAGAAGAUGGUGUCCAAAGUGCUGGAGAUUGGGAUAGUCUUCCACUCCGUCAUCAUCGGGGUUACAAUGGGGAUGUCCCAGGAUGUCUGUGCAAUCAGGCCACUUGUGGUUGCGCUCUCCUUCCAUCAGGUGUUCGAGGGGAUGGGCCUCGGCGGAUGCAUCGCACAGAUUUUGUAUUAUCAGGAACUAGGAAGUUCUACAUCUACCUUGAAAGAAUCUGUGAUGUCAAUGUUCUCUCAUAGUCUCAUAUUACACUAUGCUGGACAAAAUAUCAUUUGA